AUGUCGGUGAACAUGGAGAAGGAGAUGCCUUGGCACAAGGUGAUGAUCAAACCAGUUCGUGCGGGGCGGCCCCGGUCUGUCGCCGCGGACCAGGCCAAGCAGCUUGCUGCAGCGGCGGGUCGCACUGGCAAGUUCGAGACCGCCCUGAGCGCCUUCUUACAGGAGCCCCACAUUCCCAACAGCCACCACCACCACCAGGAUGGUAAGAUGUGCACCCCGAGCAACACGCCGGCCACUCCGCCCAACUUCCCGGACGCUCUGGCCAUGUUCUCCAAGCUGCGGACGUCGGAAAACCUGCAGAGCAGCAACAGCCCCAUCCCCUCCAUGGCCUGCUCCCCCCCGGGCAGCUUCAGCCCCUUCUGGGCCUCGUCGCCCCCCAGCCAGCAGCCCGCCUGGCUGCCCCCCUCGUCGCCCACCGCCCACGGGCUCCACCACCACCACCACCACCUGCACCCCCCGCAGCCCGCCUGGCCCCCCGCCCCGCCGCCCGCCGCCCCCCCACACAAAGCCGUGGCCACCAUGGACGGGCAGAGAUAA